UUAAGAACGAAUAAUAACAAACUUCCUAAAGUAGCCUUUCUUGCUUGUGUGUGCUUGAGUGAGAGAUAUCGGAGAUCAUUAGAUACAUCAUCUUGUUUCGACAGCUCUUCCAUCCGGCAACUAUCCUCCGGGCAAGACUGUCAAGAGCAAGGAAAAAGCAAGAAUGAAAGAAUCAGCCCCUGCGAAAGCAGAAGCCCUUAUUCCACAAUUCGUCUUCGAGCGUCUCCUCAAUCAAGAUCAGGGAGGCCGUCGUAUAUCUCUUCUCGGCAAGAUCAACUCAGAACCAGCUCUACUCAUUGUCGAACGCGCUGCAUUUUCUGUGGAAGAUGCUCACCUCCGAAACCUCUCGUCUAGUCUGAGCCGGAUUCAAAAUCUCGGCGCUAAUGAUAUUUAUAACUGGUUUAUGGCUAGCAGCGCGUCCGCUUCACCAGAUACAUCAUCGCAGCAGCCCCAAGAUCUCAAGAUCAACCUGAUCUACCCCUGUACUCCAAAACACGUGCAGAAGUACUCGUCUCAGGAGGUGCGUGUUGUAACCGAAACACCAGAGAUCUAUACAAAGUAUGUACGACCGUACGCACAGCGCAUGCGUGAGGAGGGUCGUUUGAACUGGGUGUUCAACAUCAUCGACGGCAUGGCCGAACAGGAGGAUGUGAUGUAUCGCGAAAGCGGCACCGAAGAAGGGUUUCUACUCGCUCCAGAUCUUAAUUGGGAUCGUAAGACUCUAACAUCCCUCCACCUCCUCUGCCUCAUCGAGCGCCGCGAUAUCUGGUCGAUCCGCGAUCUGCGCAAAUCGCACGUCCCCUGGCUUAAACACAUGCGUGACAAGCUGCUUGCAUCGACAACGAAGCUGUAUCCGGCCAUUGAUGCAGAUCAAAUCAAGUUGUAUUUCCAUUAUCAGCCGACAUACUAUCAUUUGCAUGUUCAUAUCGUCCAUGCAGCCUUUGAUGCUGGUGCUACUCAGUCAGUGGGGAAGGCAUUAGGGCUUGAGCAUGUCAUCUCACAAUUGGAAACGUUGGAUUCAGGGGUCAAUGCCGAUGGAAAUGAGGCGAGUCUGGCAGAUGUCGACUUGACGUAUACGCUGGGGGAGAGGAGUGAGUUGUGGGAGAAGGUGUUUAUGCCAUUGAAGAGCGGCGGGUUACCAGAUAUUGGAACAUAGGGCAUGUAAUCCGGAUUGCUGCUUUGUUCGAGACAAGGCGGAUUGAUGCAGAGACUCAAGCUUCGUGAUAUGUUGGAUGCUUUGAGUUUGGGUGAUGUGGAUUAGGGUCAUAGACAAUAGAGGAUAAGUGAAAACGUGAACUAUAACACUUAAGCAUAUUACAUAUCGAUAGGAGUCUUUGAAUUUGAUAACAAAACACGCCGGUGUUCAUUU